AUGCCAGCAGUGAUGAAGGCUGUGAUGUCGCUGGUGGGAAGCCAAGGCAUUGUCUCAGCCACCGAGGUCCUCCUUGCAGCGGCUGCCUUCUGCCUGGUCUUCCUGCUUAUCCAGUCCCUCCGGCUGAGCCAGAAGUAUGGGGACGUGAUGGAGGUCAGGAUUGGCACCCGGCCCGUCCUGGUGCUGAGCGGGUUGGACACCAUCAGGCAAGCAUUGGUGAAGCAAGGAGAAGAAUUCAUGGGGCGCCCUGACCUCCACAGCUUCCGAUACAUUUCAAAUGGUCAGAGCCUGGCCUUCAGCCCAGACUCAGGGGAGGUGUGGAAAGCCCGCAGAAAGCUGGCCCAGAAUGCCCUGAAGACCUUCUCCAUCACCCCCAGCCCCACCUCCUCUUCCACCUGCCUCCUGGAGGAGCAUGUCUCCAAGGAGGCCAACUACCUGGUCACCAAGUUCCUGCAGCUGAUGGAUGAGAAGAAGAGCUUUGACCCUUACCGGUACCUGGUGGUCUCUGUGGCCAAUGUCAUCUGUGCCAUGUGCUUUGGCAAGCGUUACGACCACAAUGACCAAGAGCUGCUCAAUAUAGUGAAUGUAAGUGACCAGUUUAGUGACGUGGCUGCUUCUGGCAACCCCGCUGACUUCAUUCCCAUGCUCCAGUAUCUUCCCAGCCGCACCAUGAGUUUAUUUAAAGAUUUCAACAAGCGAUUCCUCCAUUUCCUGCAGAAGAUUGUCCAAGAGCACUACGAGACCUAUGACAAGAACAACAUCCGAGACAUCACUGACUCCCUCAUUGAGCAGUGCCUGGAGAAAAAAGUGGAAGCAAAUACUGCCACGCAGAUUCCUAAAGAGAAGAUCGUCAAUCUUGUGAAUGACCUCUUUGGAGCAGGCUUUGACACCGUGACAACUGGCCUGUCCUGGAGCCUCAUGUAUCUUGUGACGUACCCCAACAUCCAGAAGAGGAUCCAGGAGGAACUAGACCAGACCAUCGGCCAGGAGAGGAGACCGAGGCUGUCAGACCGGGGCAUGCUGCCUUACACAGAAGCCUUUAUCCUGGAGAUGUUCAGGCACUCCUCCUUCCUGCCCUUCACCAUCCCGCACAGCACGACCAGGGACACGGUGCUGAAUGGCUACUACAUCCCAAAGGACCGCUGCGUGUUUGUCAAUCAGUGGCAAGUGAAUCAUGAUGAGAAACUUUGGAAGGAUCCACUGACCUUCAACCCGGAGCGUUUCCUCAAUGCUGAAGGGACCGAAGUGAAUAAAGUGGAUGGGGAGAAGGUGCUGGUUUUUGGCCUGGGGAAAAGGAAGUGCAUUGGGGAACCCAUUGCCAGGUGGCAGGUCUUCCUUUUCCUGUCCACCUUGCUCCAGCAGCUGGAGUUCAGCGUCUGUGAUGGCAAGAAGGUGGACAUGACGCCUCUCUAUGGACUGUCCAUGAAGCACAAAAGAUGUGAGCACUUCCAGGUCAAGCAGCGCUUCCCCAUGAAGAGCAUCAACUGAGCAGUGGGCUUAUCCAUUGCCCAGACAUCGCCAGGGGGCAAAGACCUGGGUGUCCUUGUAGCAAAGCUGGGUCUGG